CUUUCUUCAUUCAGUUUUUGUUUUUUCGUGUCGCGUGUAUAUUUUUUUCAGGGGACUUGAAAUAAAUAAAAUAUAUAUAUAUAUUUUUUUUUUGUUUUACAAGAUAUAUAUUUAAAUAGAAGUAUACAUUUAUUUUCUGGAGCAUUUAGUAAAUAAUAUUUGCAAAUAUUUUGGAGGAUUAAUUAAAAAUGGCAGCUAUUGUCGAUGACUCCAAACGAACCAAGAUGACUAAGGUAAGCACACGAAUAACACGUAUGCCCUACAGGCAACUUUACGAUACUGAAAUUGACGAGAUGAUUAGCGUGCGACAGACUCUUAAGGUGCACAACGAUGAACUCGUUGACGUAACACCUAAACUAUUGAAAGUGGACAAUGCUAAAGAGCGCAAAUAUAAAAUAUUAAAUGAAACGUUAAAGACUGAUUUGUGUCCAACGGAUUCGUCAACACGCGGCAGUUUAAUGAGCCGACAAAGUGUGGCGAGCCAUUCCAGCACGCAGAAAAUUAAGUUGGGUGGUCUACGCUUGUCCUUAGAUGACGUUAUAAAUAAUGUCGGUAGUUUACAAAACGUCCUGACGAGCAACGAACAGGAGGAGGAACCUGUAUUCUAUGCACAACGAAGUGAACAUAAAUAUCCCUUCAUAAAAAUUGUGUUACAGAAAAGCCCCAUAUUUUUACUGUAUGAAUCUGAAAGUUUCACCGUACCGAAAGGUACAAUACUGGCAGAUCUUGUUGAAGAGGAUAAUAAAAUUUAUGAUUAUUUGACCAUCGGGCGUGGUAAUGUACGUAGGCGUAGUGAAGCUGAGACCCAAACUAUAAAUGCGGUAAUGAAAACCCGUUAUGUUAAUACCAAUAAUCGUGAUCCGGAGGAAAAGGGCACAUAUGUGUCCUUUUAUGAGAUGUACGAUACGUAUAAAGGGUUGCUCAAACACGAUAAGGACGAAGCGGGUCGCAAGAAAAGCCAGAGUGUGAGCAAAAUGAACGAUAUACAGUAUAAUGCGGAGCUAGCUCAGCUAAAGGAGAACUCACGCUUUAAAUUUGCCACCAUGAUUAUGGAGCGCAUAUUAGCGGGGAAUGUGUACCAGAAGAGUCAGCUAAGUUUUCGUAAUUUUCUUCAACCUAGUAAAUCGGAUAAUGUCGCGGAGUACCGUUACAAACCCGAGGUGAUAUUCACAUUGCAUGCGCCUAAGUUUGGCGCCCACCAUGUGUCGGGUAUAAACCGUAAGGCUGUCUCGGAUAUCAGUUUUUGCUAUGGCAAUGGUGAUAUUAUAGCUGUGGCCUAUGGUCUCUUCUCGUAUUCGGCCUUAAUAACCGUAUCCACGGGCGAUGUAUGCAUUUGGAGCAUUAAAAAUCCAGAGAAUCCCGAACUCAGUUAUCGCUAUAACAUACCGGUGACAUCGGUUGAAUUCUCCCCAUUUUUACCAUUUCUACUAGCCAUCGGCAUGAUGGAUGGUACAGUUGAGGUGCGAAACAUAACCAGACCCAAUGAUCCACCCAUUGCGGUUUCACAACGCAGCACAUCACUAAAUGGCGAUCCGGUAAUCGCAUUGAAGUGGAUCAAACAGCCACAGGACAAGUAUGACAUUGAUCCGAUAUUGGCGCUUUCAUCUAACGGUUCUGUCUGGAAGUAUUACAUUAUACAUAGUCCAUAUCUGUUGGGCUUCAAACAGAUGGUGUUGUAUCGAGUUGAUGGACAACCUGAGGGUUUGCAGAUCAAACAAACUCCGAAUACCGUUGAACUCUUUGCGAACAGACGUCCGCUGGGACUAAAUAUCACAUUGCAUCCGCAAUUAAGAGAUAUUUACUUUAUGCUCACCGAUGAGGGUUGUGUGUACAAGUGCUCGACCAAUACGACGCAUACAUACUUGGAUAUUUGGCAGACCCAUGAGGGGUCAGUUAAUUGCAUGGAUUUUUCUCCGUGGUCGCCGAAGCUGUUCCUAACUUGUGGUAAUGAUUGGUGCAUACGAAUCUGGAUGGAUGGAAUCUUAAAACCCCUAAUUACGUUGAAAUAUAAAAUGAAGCCGAUUUAUUCGGCUCAAUGGAGCCGAUCACACUCAACCGUCAUUAUUGCCACCAAUCGAGCCUCACUGGAUGUUUGGGAUAUCCAUCGCAAUAUAUUGACACCAGUUUCACGCACAAAACUAAGCAAAUCCUUCAAUACGAUGUUUGAGCAUAGUCUAUGUGGUCGCAGUUUGGCAGUAGGUAAUGAACAAGGCGACGUCCAUAUUUGUUCGUUGAUAAAAAUGCCAUUCCAGCCACACUUUCAAUACGAACAGUUGCGUCGGUCUCUGUUCAAUGCAAUUUCAACGUCUGCAGAUCUAAUAAUCGAGCUGAAUAAUGUCGGCUUUUUCGGAUAUCCAGGGAAGGGUUUUCGGGAAGAAAAAUGAGCAAAUAUCAAAUUCAAUUAAAAUUUUUUGGCAGUGUAUUUAAAUGGUAAAGUAACUGUAAAUUAACUGAGUGUAGAAUGAGUAAGGUCGAUACGGAUAGUGCUAAUGUAAAUGGUAGCGAUAAUUAUUGUUAGAAAUGUACAAACAUUCGAAAUUGCUGUAUUAUCUUAGUAAUAAUGAAUAGCAUAAUAAAGAUAGUCAUGUAAGU